AAAAAAAGACCUACAUUCACCUGCAAUGAGAAUAAACAAGGUUUGAGUUGACCACAAUGAGCUAGUGGUGUAUCGGAUGCAGACAGCAAUAAACCACCUACAUUCAAGAAACAUGUAGAAACCAAACAAAAAAUUCACUUUUACUUUAUUCAGCUUUUGUCAUGUUAACAAUUUUGCAUAUUUGUGAAUCUGUGCAUUCAUAUAAACAAAUUUCAAUGUUUGAUUUUAUUUACUUAUCUAUACAAAAAACUGUCAGUGUUGGGUUGCCACUGUAGAUGUCCAAUGUAAAGUCUCGGUUCUGAAGUAAAACCUGUUGAGAACGAUUGAUAUAACUAACGUACAACAAUAAAAUAGUUAAUUGCACACGGAAAGCUAGUUUGAUUGCAAUUAUAUAUGAAUAGUGUAAAGUUUAGGCAAUGCACCAUGGAAUAAUCUACAAAAUGUGGUCAGUGCAAACAUGACUUCUACUUCCUCUUGAUGUGGCUGAAAUUUCCCCAUUGAAAGCUCUGGGGUAAAGCUUCAUCUCAAACACAGCAUAAAUCUAGACUGCAUCACGCUGAAGUGUGUUAACAUCAUGAAGACCGUGCAGCUUCUUCUCUAUCUGCUCAUAUGGUGUGAAGCUGCGGAGACUUUAACUGAUCAACUAACAGAUUUGGGUCAAAAUGUGUCUAUAAACUGUGAUUUUGGUGUAACGGAGGUUUAUUGGUUUUUGCUGAAACUUCCAGAUUCUCCGGUUGUCAUAUUACUCUCUUCCACAACUUCAGCAACUUUUUACUACAGUAAAGCUUUUAGGCAGAAAUAUUCAGUGCAAAGUAAUCAUCGCCUGUUCAUAAAUAAUGUCACUAUUGAUGAUUUAGGACUUUAUUACUGUGUGACCAAAGACGCUCCUCCAAAAUACAGCGACGGCACCAGAAUACACAUCAGCGUACCGAUUCCAGCUGCAGAGAUCCAGAAUCAUACAGCGGUGAAGAACAUUGAGAGGAAUCAGACACAUUGGCAGAUUAUUAGCCUCAUAUCUGCUCUGUUGAACGCUGUUCUGAUCAUAGUGAUCAUAGGCCUAGUGAAGAUGUUUGUUCUUGGAAGCAAGAGAACCAGAGACAACUUAAAACAACCUCAAGAUACAAACCUACAACAACCUCAAGUUAUGGAUCCUGAUCCACCACAAGACUCAAGUCAAGUGCAGUACGCUACAGGAGUUAUUUCCACACCAUGUAAAAGGUUUCAGCCCAGGCAAAUAAACAGCACAUAUGCGCUUCUACAGCUGCCAGAAUCAAGAACACAUCAAAUCUGACACCAUUUACUUUCAUUUCUCACUGUUUGUGAAAAAGUAUCACAUAUUGCAUAACUAUAUGUCUCUUUAAAGCAACACUAAGUAAGAAUUUUUACCUUAAAAUAAUGUUUUCAAAAUCGUUUCAGUGGUUCAUCAAGUCGUGACAUGGUGAAAUGAACUUAUGCCACCGCUUUGCGGUCCUUUAUCU